AUGGAGGCAGGAUGUGAGAUUGGCGCUGAUGUCUGUGGUCGGUGUAUUCUGUUUGCACAGACUUCCAUGACUCAGCACUACCACAUUUAUGGUACUUGUUAUAUUUGCUUGACAGACACUGGUAGAAUAGAGGAGACUGUUCCUGGGGUUAGAUGGAGUGUAGAAGAUGGUGGACUUGGCAUGUGGACUUUCUAUUACCGUAAAUGUUUUUGCAUUGCUUUUUCUUACAGCAAUAGGUAUGUCUAUGAUACUUUGACAUUCCAUUAAAAUGUAACAAAGGCUCACGACCAUAACUCCAUGCAGUUUUUCAAUUUAUGAAUCCUCUCCGUCUCUCCUCAGAUCCAGUGGAUGUGUUGCGGAUGCUGCAGCUGCCCUCUCUCCCCGAGGGUGUGCGGAAGGUUCCAGGCUUCUGCACCUCCCGCCGUGCCGGCUCCGCUGACCAUGCCUACCGCAUCACCAAGAAGGCCCAGAUCUCUGCCCCCACCAAUCAACUCUUCUCAGGUACCUCUAUAUCCAUGUCUAACUAGGGUCGUGUUCAUUAGGCACCAAACGGAUGAAAACAGACUGAAACAGUGAUGGACUGCCUGGACUCUACCAAUAAGAAACGUUCAUUUUUGUUUUCCGUUGCAAAACAUUUCAAACGUCUUCCGAUGCGUGCCCUAAUGAACACGACCCAGGCCUCAAAUGGACUAAAGCUACAACAUACCUCAUCCCUCAGGUUGACUUGGAAAGAUGAGGUCGGCAUUACCUGUAAAUGGGAUGGAUUGCUGAAACAAUGGACACAGACUUGGGCAUACAAUUCAUGCCACGUGCCUUCUGUGAAUUUAUUUGUGUAAUGUGUAAUGAUUGCUAUUUUUGUAUUUUUCUUUUAGUGGUUCUUAUCAUUGUUGUUCGGUUUUAGGGUUUAUUUUAAUCUUACAAUUACCUUAAGGAGGUUAGUUGGACCAUAACUUUGCAGCUUUAGUGCUAGAUUGCUUUUGCGUUAGGCAUAUAAUUAUUUCGUGCAAGAGCAUGUGAAAUGUAAAUGCCUUUGGAAGAGCCUAAACACAUUAACAGCCAACUAACUACCGUCUGAGACGCUGACGCGCCCUAGGAUAUCCUGAAAAGUCAAAAGCUCAUUUUCUUAGUUUGGUUUCUAGAUUUUUCUACACCCACCUUUUAUGUCUUUUCACACUUCAAUCCUUCAAACCCUCACUUUUAAAUUCCAAUAAAAGUUGCAACUGUCUACUCUUAGACAGCCCUAACUCAUCAAUCAUCUACCCCUCUACUGUGUCUAAUAUCCUUCUUCCCCCAAUGCCUCCCUCUCUCCCCUCUUCUUUCUUUCCUCCAUGCCUCUUUCUCCUCUUUUAUUCUCUUCAUGCCUCCUCCUCCCCUCAUCUCCUCCAGGUCGUUUCCCGGAGAACUUCUCCAUUAUGGCUCUGGUCAAGGCCCAUGCGGGCCUCCAGGCCUUCCUGCUGUCCAUCUACAGUGAGCAGGGUGUCCAGCAGCUGGGUGUGGAGCUGGGACGCUCCCCCGUCUUCCUGUACGAGGACCAGACCGGCAAGCCCGCCCCCGAGGACUACCCCCUCUUCAGCGGCAUCAACCUGGCCGACGGCAAGUCAGUAACAACACGUCCCGCGGCUCUGUGUUUGUGUGUGUGGGGUGUGUGUUUGUGUGUGUUUGGGUGUGUGUUUGUGUGUGUGUGUGUGUGUGUGUGUGUGUGUGUGUGUGUGUCAGUAUUUCCAUGUGUACUGGGGUUUUCAGUGUUUGCAUGCAUGGUUGUUUUAGUUUUAUGCAUACACAUUACAUCAUAUGAAUAUCUUCUUCAUUAGUCUGAUUUUGUAGGGUUGUUAUGAGAUUUGACACAUUUUGCCUCAGUGUCCCAGAACAGUGGUUUUCAAACUUCUCCUCAAGGACCCCCAGAUGUUUCAGAAUUGUGUUGUAGCCCUGAGCUAUGUCACUGAUUCAACUUAUCAGUGGCUUGAUAAUUAGUUGACAAGUUGAACUUUGGUAUGCUAGCUCUGGAAUAGUUCAAAUACAUGGAAUGGCUGUGGGUCCCCGAGGAGAGGUUUGAAAACCCCUGUCCCAGAACAGUCUGGUUUCAAUCAUGUGAAGUCCCAUAAGUCUUUCACACACACACACACACACACACACACACACACACACACACACACACACACACUCACACACUCACACACACACAUACAAUUUACACUGUGUACAUUGGGGUUUCCUUUAAGCAACCCCCUCCAGCACAUUACACAGUUGUGCUUUAUCUCCUCCCUGCCUGUAGGUGGCACCGCAUCGCUAUCUCCGUGUCGAAGAAGAACGUCACCCUGCUCCUGGACUGUAAGAAGCGCAUGACCAAGGCCCUGCCCCGCAGCAACAGCCCCGUGGUGGACACCAAGGGCAUCACCGUGUUCGGAGCACGCCUGCUGGACGAGGAGGUCUUCCAGGUCAGAGGUCACUAGUCACUAGUACCAUAGAGUUAUACACUGAGUGUACAAAACAUUAGGAACAAUCUUCCUAAUAUUGAGCUGCACCCCCUUUUGCCAUCAGAACAGCCACAAUUCGUCUGGGCAUGGACUCUACAAGGUGUCGAAAGCGUUCCACAGGGAUGCUGGCCAAUAUUGACUCCAAUGCUUCCCACAGUUGUGUCAAGUUGGCUGGAUGUCCUUUGGGUGGUGGACCAUUCUUGAUACACACGGGAAACUGUUGAGCGUGAAAAACCCAGCAGCGUUGCAGUUCUUGACACAAACCUAUUCGCCUGGUGAUAAUAUAUCAUUCACAAGUGAUAGGCUAAUAUUGUCACCCAUCAGAUUAUUCUUGAUUUAAUCUUGUCUUUACAUAUACUAAAUAAUAUAUGUAAGACAUUUGUUUUGAUUUAGAAUGGAACAUUAUCAUGCACCUGUCUCGAAACAGGGGCAGGGGGAAAAAAUACAUGUCUUCUAUGCACUUAAAUAGCGAAUGGAUUACGCUUUUCAUGUGGUUCAUUUUCAUGCCUGCCAGGUAGGCUAUACUCCUGUUGUAAAGAGAAGCAAUGUGCUUAAUAUUAGGAAAGUUGAGAAAUAAAUAUAGUAGGCCUAGCCUAUAGAAAGCUGUUGGGAUCCUCCUCUUUUUAAUAGAGGCCAUCACUCUGUUUUCUCACGCAAUUGCAUAGCCUAUAGAAAUGUUGAGCAACAUGAGCUCAUGGGCUCUCAUUAAGUGUUUGAUUAGAUUUUCGAUUACAUUUGCAUUGAUCUCAGAGUGAUUAGAGGGACAAUAGAGUGCUGAGUACCAGGCAGUUAGCAAGUUUGGUAGGCUACUAAUGACCAUCAGCAGCAUCAGAGCUUGGAGAAGCCUAAUUACUGUUUGACUGCCUUCAUGACUCGUGACCGCCGGUGUGGUGGUAAUACGGUCACCGUAACAGCCCUACGCCUGGCACCUACUACCAUACCCCGUUCAAAGGCACUUCAAUAUUUUGUCUUGCCCAUUCACCUUCUGAAUGGCUUAAAAAUCCUUCUUUAACCUGUCUCCUCCCCUUCAUCUACACUGAUUUAAAGUGGAUUUAACAGGAGACAUCAAUAAGGGAUCAUAGCUUUCACCUGGAUUCACCUGGUCAGUCUAUGUCAUGGAAAGAGCAGGUGUUCAUAAUGUAGAGAUAUACAUGUCCCAAUAUUAUUAGAUUGCUUCCUUUUCUCGUCUCCUCUACUUCCUGAGAACUGAUAGGGAGAAAAACGGAAUAUGGGUCUAACUUCUUUCUUUGACCUAUCAAGUUCUUACAGGUUUGUGGUCUUGAAGGAAAGGGGGCUAGGAUUGUGAAGGCUACUGAUUGUGGUAGCACUUUUAUUAAGAUAUUCAAUCUGCUUCAGUAAAUAGGCUACCAUGUUAUGUUAUUACCAAGCUCAACCACUCCCAUUGACAGGAUAACUAAUGUUCUUCAAUAAUCUUCAUCUUCUUCUUCUUGUUUGUCCAACAAAAACCUGAUGAACCCUUAUCCCUUCAAAAUCAGCGGAUCUGCUUUCAGCUCUGGAACUGAUUCAAAUUCAAUGACUUCUCAUUUCAAUGAGGUUUUCUGUUUGUUUUCUAAUUCCCACAGGGUGAUAUCCAACAGCUGCUGAUCGCAUCCAACCCUCAGGCUGCUUAUGACUUCUGUGAACACUACAGCCCCGACUGUGACUCCCCUCUACCCAAGACCCAGUCCCAGGACCCCAACACAUACGUGAGUAACACAGCAAAACACCACAUACACUGAACAGUAACCUGGAAGUGAUUUAGGAUUCACCAUUACACCACUAAGUCACCACAGUAUUAUAAAGUACCACUCACUAUAAAUGCAGCUCACGUCACUACAGUCUAUCUAUGCAGUCCAGCUACUUCAAACAUCACGACAACAGCAUAAAACAACUUGGACCCACACAAGCUAGUGCAACACAACACAUUAUAGCAUAGUGCAGUGCAAUACUGCCAUCCUAAACCCAAUAUUCACUGAUAUGGUGGCAUGUCCACGCAAACCCCACUGCUCACUAAACGCAGUGAGGCCUCGUCAUCCUCAGACAUCUACAGCUCCAGGAAGUCAUCAAAGUGCUGCUCUGUCCUCUCGCAUUAUGAGUUUGUAUCUAUCCACUUUCCACAACACCUACGUGUGUUCUGAGGGAAUUAAAUAAAAGGAGAGCCCUUUGUUUACCACUACAAACAAUACACAAUACAAACAAUGCGGUAAUGCUUCAGUAAUACAGGCAAACGGAUGAGAAAGUGGUCAGAAGUCAAGUCAUGUCAAUUGUUUCCUCUUGGGAAAAAUUGAGUUUUUAAUUUGUUUGGGUUUGUUGAAAUCCUAAUGCAAGACUUAUUUCAAUAAAGACACACAAGCAUUGAAUCACAGUUGAUUUGCACUCAACUUGAAUAAAAUGCUUUUUUAGAACAAAAGGGAAAGAGGAUGAUACAAUCAGACUGCUUCUCUACUCUUCAUCAUUCCAUUUCAUGACUAUGGAGAAGUAUCACUUUGGAUGCACCAAUCACAGAAAACAUGUAUUAGAAAUGCUGCUGAAAUGAUUGCUGUUGAAUGAAUAUAAAUCGGUGUGGUUUUAUUCAUUGCGUUGGUUUUCUCAUUCAUCAAGAUCCUCCAUGUGUCUCCAUUACUAUGGCUCCAGACAUUCAUCGACACAUGGAGUCGUAAUGAAUCGAAAAACAUUGCUUUUAUUUACUUCUCCAAUGCACUCGUCCCCACCAUAUUUCCCCCCUCACUCUCUCCUUUCAUGCCUUCCUCUCCCCCCUCACUCUUCGCCCCUCCUGUCCUCCAUUCCUCUGCCUAUAUCACCUUCUUGCCUACCUCCAUCUCUCUCAGUACUUUGAUGAGGACCAAGAUGACCAUGAAUACCUCUAUUAUUAUGGGGAAACAACAGACACCCCCUCCUCUCUGUCCAUCUCCCCCUCCCCACAACUAGGGGGGCCCACUCAACAGGUAAAGAGGGAGGAAGAUAAUCAAAAUAGACAGAAAGGAAGGAGAGAUAGAGGCACAGAGAAAGAGGUAUGA